AUGUUGAAAUUUCCUAUCGGACAGUCAUUUAUUUUUCGCGAUUUCGGGGUUAAUCCUAUAGUAAAAGUUGCCGAGUAUGACCUAAAUGUUAACGGGUUUGAGCAAUUGCUUUACGGUGAGAUACAUACUGUAUACUUGUAUAUCGUUGUCUGAGUAUCCACAACACAAGCCUUCUUGAGCUUACCGUUCGACCUAGUCAAUUAGUAUUUAUUUAUUUUAGUUUUAUUUUAUUUAUACUUGACUAUUACAAAAAUAACAAAUAAAGUAUCACAAUUAAGUAGGUACUCACUAAUUAAACAUGAACUUACAGUCUCUCAAGUGGCCAGAUACUGGCGAGUUUACCCUACUUUCAAAUGUCAUCUCUAUUAACCUUGAAGUAAGUAAGUAUAAACAGUCAGUCAGCGAUAAGGGGAAAAACUUUUCCAAAACGAAUCAGUAUAUAACGAGCAUCAGGUCAACAUUUACCAAAAUUAUCAGUUAGACUGUUGGACUUCAUUUGAGUGUGUGUAAAAGGAACAGUUUGUGUCUUUAUUUUAUGUCUGCACUAGUCAGUAGAUCAGUAAUAAAUAUGAAAGUGUUUAUUAUUGUCAACUUAUGUUUUGUCUUUUUGUUGCAUGGGACCGAUGGCAGAAAAUUUCGAAGUGACUACUCUUACUACCCGGAGGCCGGAGGUUGGCUCAAGCUGCAUGAGGUGCCUGCUAAUUGGAAUAAUGCAUGGUUAAAAUGCUUCCGUGAAGGUGCUGUCCUUGCUUCUCCCGAAACCGAAAACCUUAACAAUACGAUGAAGGCCCUGUCAGCCAAUCUGCAGAAUUCCUUCGCCGUGUAUACAGGAAUCCAUUCUACGUUUUCUAAAGGAGACUAUUACACUAUUGAAGGUACUCCGCUCUCGAAAAUCAACGUGUCUUGGGCUCCUGGGGAACCUGACAAUUUUGGAGACAAAGAGAACUGCCUCGCUAUGUUUCACAACGGCACCCUUGCGGAUGUGGACUGUAAUGGAAUCUACCCUUUCCUUUGCUACAAGAAAAAAACUAAGCUGGUUACAAAUGCUUGCGGCACAAUUGAUUCUGAUUACGCCUUGAAUGUAAAAACUGGCAGUUGCUACAAGUUCCACCGCUUCCCCCAAAACUGGACUCAGGCCUUUGCUGCUUGCUCCGGGGAGGGUGGACACCUUGCCAUCAUUAAUAGCAACCUGGAAGCUUCAGUAAUUAGGGAUUUGUACGUCAAAUAUCCCGACAGCGUCAUGCCAGGGAACUUUGAAAAGUCUAUGGCUCAUAUUGGAGUAUCUGAUUGGGGCCGGCGAGGAUUAUGGUUUACUAUUCACGGCGAAACACUGAAAGCCGCAGGUUACGAUAAGUGGGUAAACGGCUACCCAUCAGCAGAUACGACGUCAAACUUAAACCGACCCUGCGGGACUGUGUUUAGGGAUGGGCUUCUGGCUAACACGAAGUGUGAAAUGGUUAGACCUUUUAUUUGCGAAAAAACACCGGAUAGCCUGGAAGACUACGAUUAUUAUGAGUAAACAUUGGAAAAACUACAAAUAUAUCAUUAUCAUUAAAACUUAAUUUGUAAAAAAAAAUCUUCAACUGAACAUAUCGGGAAUUAUUAUAAUUUAUGAAAAUAUGGUUGAUACAAUAAAAUUCCAAUAUUAAUAAA